AGUGGAAAAGAGAUUGUACGUUCCUCUGACUUUCUUUGUACAACAAGAACAGGAAACAUCCUUGUGUCAGAUGACAGUUCCGAGCGUGUCCUGUGCCUGACAGCUGAAGGGGACGUUGUGUCUACCUACCCUACAACAGGACAAACACCACUGCGACUUCCACGUGGUAUCACAAGAACCAGCACAGGUGACAUCCUGGUUACUGACUACGAUGAACAUACUGUUGUUCAUCUGACUGAGUCAGGACAGUUUGUCAGAAACAUACUCAUCGAAGAUGAUAUUGCCCUGCGUUCGAACGGAGUUUGUGUAGAUGGACGUGGCCGUGUGUAUGUUUGUGAUGGGUACACGGGUGAAAUUAACGUAUUCAGUUUCAGCAACACAAUUGGCACCAUGAUAAAGACGCAGACACAGAUGUCAGGUACCACAAACAGAUCACCUCUGAAGACACCAGAAAUGAGCUUCGCACAUUGUACAUAUGUGGGGCCUCGAACAUUACCUCCAGGCGCAGUAGCCAGUCAUUUUUUCUUCUACGCCCCUGACCUCGGACGUGACGAGAAGGACCUUCGCCAUGAGGCUUCCCCUUCCGACUCCAAGCACGAUGGACUACGGAUUUUGCGAUACAUGCAGUUGAAAGGGAGCAAGAUGACGAAAGUGACCUCCCCUGAGAGACCAAUAGAUGAGUGGGCGGAUGAGGUCAAGCCGAGCUUUGUCAUCCAGGGACUGCUAGACUCAUUUGGCCCCGGAUGUAAAGGUAAGGAUCAAUGGAAAUGUGAGUCAGUUGUCACACUGGAGUCGGAAUUACCUGCAUUAAAGUCCCAGCUGUUGAAUAAGAAGGAAACUAUUUCGAAGAAGCAACUCCAAAUGGAAGCAAGAGUUGAUGCUGUUAAAGUGAACGUCGUAUCUGAAAAAGAUCGAUAUGCAAGAAUGGAACAUGACAUCAAGUCUUUUGCUAACAACGCGAGAGAAAAGAUAACUCUCAUGGAAAAUAAACUUCUAGAUGAACUGAAAGAAGUUUCUGAAAAGCAUAUUGAACAACUCACAGCCGACCUAAAGUCGGGUAAAAUGUCAGGAUGUGAGGCCGGUGAUGUGGAUGCUGUCGGAGACGUAGACUUGAAGAAGAGAAUAGCCAAGAUCAUGUUGAGACAGAACGAAGCCAUGCUGAGUAGAGCUCUGGACGAUCUACAGCUGGUAUUGCCGGUGAAUGGUACAGACACAGUGGUUAUAACAGACUACAACAACAACAACAGUGUGAAGUCCUUGUACACUAGGAACAAACAACGACAUCACAGCAAGCUCCAACUGGGAAGUAGACCGUGGGGUAUAACAAGGCUGAAACACAACCAGGUGGCUGUCACUGUGCCGCAUAGGAGGCAGGUUGUAACAGUUGAAGUGAACCCUGACCUGGUGCUGCUGUCGACCAUCACAACCAGCAAACAGUACUUGGGUAUAACGUCUCUGACACCAUCAACAUUAGCAGCAGGUUCUGAUAAAUGUGUGGAUAUUCUGGACAUGAGAGGAAACGUCCUGAAGUCAAUUAAACCUAUAGAUAGUGGAAAGGAAAUCAUACAAUCUCCUUCCUUUCUUUGUACAACAGGAACACGAAACAUCCUUGUGUCGGAUGACAGUUCCAGGCGUGUCUUGUGCCUGACAGCUGAAGGGGACGUUGUGUUCACCUACCCUACACCAGGACACACAACACUAAGAUAUCCACGUGGUAUCACAAGUGCCAGCACAGGUGACAUCCUGGUUACUGACUACGGUGAACACACUGUUGCUCAUCUGACUGAGUCGGGACAGUUUGUCAGAAACAUACUCACUAAAGAUGAUGGUGUCUCGUACCCGCACGGAGUUUGUGUAGAUGGACGUGGCCGUGUUUAUAUUGGUAAUUACCGUUCAGGUGAAAUCAAAGUAUUUAGUUUCAGUAACACAAAAUAGACCUUUGAUUCUUUAUCAAGUGACCAUUGCAUCUGUAAAUAUUACAAUUAACUACAUUUACAACGACCUCCUGACUGCAGAUUGACGGAGCUGGUGUUGAUAAAUCAUCACAUGUAAUGUACUGUGUGACUGAGUAUAUCUAAUAUAUAGUGUGAAUGAGUAUUUCUGACUGAAUAGUGUGAAUGAGUAUAUCUAAGGUAUAGCGUGACUAAGUAUAUUUAAUAUACUGUGUGACUAAGUAUAUCUAUCUAAUAUACUGUCUGUCUGAGUAUAUCUAAUGUACAAUGUGACUGAGUAUAUCUAAUAUACUGUGUGUCUGAGUAUAUUUAAUGUACUGUGUGACUGA